AUGGACGUGCAGCCACCACUGCCAAAUCCCCAGUCUCCACGCCGCAGCUCCCACCAGACUGUCUCCCCGCAAUCACUGCAACAAAGACCCCAGCUGCAGCGGACGUCCGGCGCACCGGCCUCGAACCCCUCCGGACCAUCCUACUCGUCCGAGCCGCUUCAGUUGGGCCAGAUCGACUUGAGGCAUGCCUCGCAGCACGGCGAUGGCUCAGCCAGACGCCAGCUCGAUCUGACGGAGAACCAUCUCAAAGCAGUCUCCGCGCGUAUCGGAUCAUCCCUUGACACAGUGCGCCAUCGCAUCCGAGAGAGGGCCUGCGACGCCGAGUUCUCCACAGCACUGAAGGACCGCUGGCAGCAGUGGUCCAGCACCUCGACCUCUUCCGGCAAGGCGGCUGCUGGCGCUGACGCCGGUGCCGACGCUGACGCCGAUGAGGAGCAUGAAGGCACCGACGCCAGCUCGACAGAUGUGGGCUCCGACAACGAGUCGGCCGACGAGGACGCGGACAGGCACAGGGACAGGCAUACGGGUAGGCGUAGGGACAGGGAUGGGAACGCGGGCGGGGUUGAAGCCCACCCUGCGUCUGGCGAGCCGGAUCAGCCGCCCCAAGGCCACAGCAUCGAGUCCUCGCAGCGCCGUCGCUGGCAGCCACGAGGCUCGGCGGCUCAUGACGGCAAGGCGUGGGACGAGAUCCGCCGCGCCAGAGAGGCUUUGUUGGCGGACAUGGACCGCUCCCUCCCGCGCGCAUUCCGCUUCGACAAGACCCAGACGACCGCAUUCUCGCGCAGAAUCAAGACCAGGGCUGUCAACUCGCUCGAUCGCCCCUUUAGCCUGCCAGAGAUCCACCAGUUCAUCCACGGCAACGCUAUCGCAGAGGUGCCGCCAAGGACCCGACCAGGACCCUCGUCCGAACGCAACGAUCCUGACCGUGCCUCUUCGCCGGUGGCCGAAGGGCUCGCCGGGGAGCGACACGAGGCCAGUGGGCCCCGCACCGGCAGGCCACCCCUCGUGCUUCAGCUAUCCUAUUUCUGGAGCACGCCGCACAUCGACUUCGACGAUGCCGAGGAGGAGCAGGAACAGGAGAAGCAGCAACAGGCACAGACAGGGCGCCCGGGGACACACGCCGCAGAUGAGGGCUUCACAAGACCUCCGUCGCUGCCACGCCGACAAGGCGACGGUCCAGGAGGCAUGAGGCGGUCGCAAACGAUCGAGGUGCGCUCCGAUCAGAACGUCUCCGUCAUCCUCGACGCGAUGCUCUGCUGGUCCGACGACCAGCCAGAGAGGGUCGGAUGGAGGAAGCGGCUGGCUCGCCAAGCGCUAGGUGAUGAGUCGGACGAGGUCAUCGAGGACUACUUUGGCAGCCCCAGCGACCAGGGUCAAGGCAUCGACUUCGAUGGGCAAGAGCCCGUUUGUGCCCGCUUCACCGGCAGAAAGAGGACCAGCGACUCCUGCAUGGUGAUCGAGGGCCGACUCUACGGUGGCGGCAUCCGUGCUGGAGACCAGCCCUGGGAAGCCGACUAUGCCAGCCUCUUGAGCCGCCACUUUCCGGACGCCGAUGGACGGCCGCAGCAGCCUGGGGACGUUGCGACCCGCUUCGACGAGCUGCCGGCGAUCCGCGUCGGGCAGCCCUACUGGAUCCUGCACCAAGGCGACUGCGUCCACAGCUUCACGCUCGACUGCGUCCGAGCCCUCCGGCCCGAAGAGCAACCGUCCUCGGUCGGGGCAAUGCCGCAAGGGUCGCCAUCCAACAGCGUCUUUCCGCGCGUCACGUGGAUGGCGGGUCCGGCCGUGCUGCGCUUCAUCUCGACCGACAGGGACAAUGUCGGCAUCGGCCACCGGAUCCUCAAGGGCGAGGGACACGCCCACUACGCGUUCGGGUCGACGAGCCAGGCCGGCGUCCUCGGUGCCGAGCGCAGCAAGACCAAAGCUUGGGCGUCGCACGGGACCGCGAAGCGCAAGGAAGGCAGCGCACUGCGCACCCGGUACGGCAAGUGCACCGCGUGCCAGAUCCGCAAGGCGCAGAUCGGCAUCCUCGGUGGCGAGAGAGUGAGGAUCCGCCGGGCGACCAGGUCCCGCGACGGCCGAAAGGAGCACGCCGACGUGGAGGAGGACGAGGCGGCCACGACGCUGAGCGGGAUGGAUGAGCAUCUCGUCUCGGUCUGUCCGCAGUGCGCUGUCCUCAUGGGCGUCGCCAGGCUCAAACGGCCGCCCGUCCCGACCGAGUCCGGUCAAGAGCAGCAGCAGCAGCAGCAGCAGCAGGACGCCUCACCCACCGAGCCAGACGUAGCCGCCGAGCAGCUCGAGAUCGGGGGAGCUUCAAGGGGCGAUGACGGGAACGAACAUGGCCAAGACGACGACGACGACGACGACGACGACGAAGACGAUGACGAUGGUGACCACGAACCAAGCGACGGAGCGGGACGCAGCAAGGGACGCCGCGCGCGCCCGACAAAGAAGGGAAAGGAGACCAAACGGAAGAAGAAGCAGAAGACCGAGAGUGGCGACGACACUGCGACGGCGGUUCGACCGGCAAACGUGCCCAUCGAGGCCAUCGAGAUUGACUGGGACGCCCUCAAUGCCGACGAGAGUCGAUGGAACGGCUGGACCAUCUUCCCUCUUUAUUGA